GUAUUAAAUACGCAAACGACGCCGUUACCGAGGAAACAGUCCUCAUGCUUAUCCAUAAAAGAACAAAAAAUAUCUUAAGAAAACUGCCACAUCAGCAGAGAAACAUCACCGGCAAGCUCAGUAGUUUUGUGGCGGUGCUUCGCUCUCUCUGGACGAAACUCGAGAAUGGCGUCCCUCAAUCUUCGAUGCGACUCAACGCAUCUUCUUCCCUCGCGUCAUGUUACGAGGACAAGACCGUUUAGGAAGACAUGGAUGUGUCCUAAGAUCAUACCAAGGAGAUUAAACAAUGUUAGAAUGGGAGUGAUGAUGUCUGAGGAAGGAGAUGUCUUCUCUUCCUCCUCCUCCUCCAAGAGUAAUAAUGGAUCAAUGGGGAUCGAGUUGCAGCCGGAUUUGGUUUCUUUCGGAACGUUAGCAGCAGAAAUGAUUCCCACGACAAUGGUUUCACCUGAAGUUGAGGAUGAAGAGUUUGAUCUUGAUCGUCCUACUGAAGGAUUUGCAUCUAUUCCGCAAGCUAUUGAGGAUAUUCGUCAGGGCAAGUUGGUGAUUGUUGUGGAUGAUGAGGAUAGAGAGAAUGAAGGAGAUUUGAUAAUGGCUGCAUCGUUGGUGACACCUGAAGCUAUGGCUUUUGUGGUGAAGCAUGGGACUGGAAUCGUGUGUGUGAGUAUGAAAGGUGAAGACUUGGAGAGGUUAGAGCUUCCUUUAAUGGUGACGCGGAAGGAGAACGAGGAGAAACUCCGCACGGCCUUCACGGUUUCUGUGGAUGCUAAGAACGGAACAUCGACAGGUGUCUCGGCUCGUGACAGGGCGCAGACGAUAUUAGCACUUGCAUCAAAAGAUUCGAAGCCUCAGGAUUUCAACCGUCCUGGUCAUAUCUUUCCUUUGAGAUACAGAGAAGGCGGUGUUCUUAAAAGAGCAGGGCACACAGAAGCCUCUGUUGAUCUAACUGUGUUAGCUGGUUUGGAACCAGUUUCUGUUUUGUGUGAGAUUGUAGAUGAUGAUGGUUCCAUGGCUAGGUUACCAAGACUCCGCCAAUUUGCUCAAGAGAACAAUUUGAAAAUCAUCUCAAUCGCCGAUCUAAUCAGGUACCGAAGGAAAAGAGAGAGACUGGUCGAGUUUACUGCGGUGGCGCCUAUACCGACAAUGUGGGGACCAUUUAAAGCAUACUGCUUCAAGUCAUUACUUGAUGGAGUUGAGCACAUUGCAAUGGUCAAAGGAGAAGUCGGAGAUGGGAAGGAUGUUCUGGUGAGAGUACACGCGGAAUGUAUCACAGAUGAUAUAUUUGGAAACGGCUCUGGUGGGAAGCAAUUAGCAAUCGCUAUGAGACAGAUUGAAGAAACUGGGAGAGGUGUGUUUGUCUACUUACGUGGUCCUGAAGCUAAAGGCAUUGACCUAACACACAAGCCUCGUACUUACGACAACGCUUCUGACCAAACCGAGGGUGUUUCAUUCCCCGUUGCUUCAAGAGAAUACGGCAUUGGAGCACAAAUACUGAGGGAUCUUGGAGUUAGAACGAUGAAGGUGAUGACGAAUAAUCCAGCUCAUUAUGUUGGACUUAAAGGCUAUGGUUUAUCAAUCACCGGUAAGGUUCCACUCAUCAGUCCCAGCUCCUAAUUGUGCGAGUAUCAAUCUCUGGCAACGUUGGGCUUCUACGAGUGACCAGUAUGUUCUUAGUUAUGGUUUUGACGCCUAAACUGUCAUUAGAAAAAUGGCAUUUUGUUUUUGCGAAUUUUACUUGAGUUCGUUGUUUUUGUAUCGGAAGUAUCAUGGAUUGCAAUUUUUCACAUAUGUUUUUGAGUUCAUUUGUUUUUAUCAGAAGUUUGGUUAUGUAACAAGUCAAUCAUCAUUUUGUUGGCAUAAUUGUUGUGAAUUAUGAACUUUUUGAAACUCUAAUACAAUACACUUUGAAUAUUUGUAUA